AUGGGAAAAGAGGAGGGCAUCAGAAAAAAGUUGCAUCGCAGCAUAUCACAAACCGGGAGCGGACCCACUGCAAAACCAACGACGACAACCGCAACAACCAUGCGCCGCCGCAACCACUCCGACGCCAGUACAGAUGCUGCCACAAGGCUCCGGGGAUUGUUCCAGACGACUAGCCUUCCAACCGUGUCGCUCGAAGCCACACGUCAUCAUCACUUGAAUUGUAACAGCCCGAAUCCCUCCGAUUCCAUACAACCUCCGAAGAUAUAUCUCACCGUGAGCCUCAAUCCUGCCAUCCACGCGACGAACGCAAUCGGACACCCACACAUCGUCGUUCACCGCCGAUCCACUGAAAAUUCGACGGAUCCGGACCUCCAACUCCGCCCGCUCACAUCUGGCUGCAACAUCCAGAUUGGUUCAAAUUUUUGUCUCUAA